AUCUUUUGAGUCGAUCGCACGUCCACCAUGCGGAAACUACUGGCAUUGGCAUAUAUCCAAACAAGAUGGCUUUCAACUUUGGCGGUACGAGUGGAACGAGUAAUUUAUUUGGAGCGAAAACUACCAGCUCUGGGCCAAGUUUAUUUGGUUCAUCAUCAGGAGGAUUCAACUUUGGAAGUACAGCAAAGACAACAGCUGGCUUUAGCUUUGGAAGCAGCGCCCCAUCAAGCACCAGCACAGCUGGUGGCACUGGCUUCAAGCUUGGUGCUACCACCACAGCAGCCUCUGCCGGCUUUGGAGGCUUAAACACAGGUGGAACAGGGACCAGUGGCUUCAGUUUUGGAAGUAACCCUGCCCCAGCUGCAAGCACUGGUAGUAGUUUCAAUUUUGGUGGUACAGGAACAGGGUUUGGCUCAUUUGGCGCCAAGACUACUGCAUCAUCAUUUAAUUUUGGUUCGGCCCCAACAACAACCACAUCCUCCUUUUCCUUUGGCAACAAACCGACACAGUUGACUGGAGGAUUUAAUUUGGGAGGCACUAGUUCAGGAUUUGGUUUGGGUAGUGGUGGGCUUGGCCAGCAACAACAGCAGCAGCAACAGCAACAAGGUUUUGGAAUUCAAGGCAGCCUUCUAAACAUUGCUACCGCCCUCUCUAUGCCUGUGAUCUUUGGGGAUGAGCGUGAUGUGAUUCUUGCCAAGUGGAAUCAGUUGCAAGCCUCCUGGGGUACCGGCAAAGGCUGCUACAGUCAGAGCGGUGUUGUAGAUUUCAAACCGGAGAAUCCAUUCUGCAGAUUUAAGACUGUAGGAUAUAGCAUGAAGCCACAAGCACGCGAUCAGGACGGUUUAGUUCGUCUUCACUUCAACAAGAAGGAGAAUGAAGUCAAGGCGCAGCAGCAGCAGCUUGUCGACAACCUGUUCCGCAUACUUGGCAACAAGACAGAUUUGUCUGUCUGCGUUGAAGAUGUCAAAGGUCUUCCAAACGACAAAACUGAGGUCACAAUUUAUGUGCAGCAGCGCACUCCAGCAGGUAAAUCUCAGCGUAUCAAGGCUUCAGAUUUGUUUAGUUACUUUAGCGGAGGGACACCAAAGACACAGCUUACCCAACUAGGAGUUGUAAACCUAGUACCCUUCACCCGACUCUCGGAAGAAGACCUUAACCAGUACCUUGCAUCACCUCCUAUGGGGUAUGAUCCUAGAUUAUGGAGUCAAGCUAAGUUGGACAACCCUGAUCCAGAGAAACUCAUUCCAGUACCAAUGGUUGGAUUUGAUGUGCUUCGUCUUCGCUUAGAAAAACAGAACCAACAGACCAAGAACCACCAAGGACGUCUAGAUCUGGUAGCAAAAGACAUUAGCACACUUCAACACCAGCAGUCUACGCUGCAAGCCAAGAUCGCUGAACACAAACGCAAACAUCUUGAGAUGUCACACAGAGUACUGAAGUUAAUAGCAGGAAUGGAGGUGACACGCAAAGCAGGUCUUGCAAUCCAACAUGACGAAGAACAAAUAAGGACACAACUCGAAGCGUUACAAUCCGAACUGAAUGCACCCAAUCAAAUGAAAGGUCGAUUAAAUGAGAUGAUGUCACAGAUUCGCCUCCAGAACCAGUUGAGCGUUGGGCGUGAAGAACGUUACGGAAUUGAUCACGACCUUCAGCAGGAGAUUAAACAGCAUUUGAAAAAACAGCAGGAAGGAUUGAGCCACCUGAUAUCUACUAUUAAAAGUGAUGUUGAAGAUUUGAAGUUGAUAGAGCAGGGGCUGAUAGGAACGCAGCAGCACGUCAGGUGACACUUAGGUCAUCUAUUAGAGGUAUAUCAACUUUUCAAAGAUGAAGAUGAACUCUGUCUACUGUAAUACAACGGUGUCAGUACAACCAUAAUUAUUUAAGUCAAGACUUUCAUUUUAUCUUGAUGUAGACCUAUAUUGAUUU